UGCCUCCCUCAGAGUGCCAGUCAGUCCACUUGUUCCUGUCUGUGAGUGAAGUGAACCUGGAAACUUAAUUUAUUCUAUUCCGUUUGGUCCAACAUGUCCAUCAGUCGGAAAAACUGGUCGGCUCUGUCCAGCCUGGCACGCCAGUGGACAAUGGAGGACGAGGAGGAGGUGGAGAGGGAGAAGAGGAGGAGGGAGAAGGGCUCAAGCAGCACCGCUGACCCAGAUGCACCUAGAGACGCGACCACCAGCGACAGCGCCUUCGGGACGGACUCCACAAGUGAGACGUCCCAGGGCCUCAGCAGUGUGGAGCAAAUACAGCUGGACUUCGUAGAGAUGCUGCGAGUCCGUGACGAAAGGCGGCGGAUGAGACAUGUGGAGACGCUGAGACGACAAAAAGAGGAAUGGGAGGAUGAAGCGGAGGCUAGCAGAGGAGGAGGAGGAGGAGCGGGAGUGGGAGCAGGGGACGCCAGGGUGGAGUUACUAGGAGACUUGGAUGAGGAGCAGGGCAGCGUGAUUCCCUCUGUGAAAACCACAUCCAAACCACAACCACCCCAAAAGCCAGCCUCUUACAGUCCCAGCAGCAGAAACAGCAGCAGCAGCAGCAGCAGCAGCACUAACACCACAAACAGACCACACGAAAACGGCGAGUCGCCGAACACAGACCCUGAUCCCAAGCCAUCGUCCAACCCGGCUCGCAAGUUUGUCAGUUCUGUGUCCAUCUCACUCGACAAGAGUCCUUCUUUCAGCGGGCGCACAACUCCCAUGAGCCCUUGCUCUCCGACCACCCCUCUGUCACCUCGAGAACACUGGCCAUCGCCCUGUCAGAGCCCCUCUCCCAGAGGAGCCCAAAGCCCUGUUCAGAACGGACACACACAGGAGACCAGCGAGGAUGGCUCUCUCUCCAACCACCAACAGACGACCAAACCUGCCUUCGUCAGACAGAGUUCCAGGACUAUAUCUUUCAGGAUGAUGAAGAAGAAAGAAGAAGAGAGUGCACCGCUGCAGAGGAGUGCGAGUGUGAGGAUGGCCACCAAGAAGUUUGAAUCCAACACAGACCAGGACCAAAAUGAAGAUGAAGACAAACCGUCAUCUUUCACGAGGAGCUCUAGGCAGAGGAUUUCAUCCAGGUCCAUCCAGGAGAAGAUGGAGAGACUGGCUCAGGCUGCACAGAAAUCAGAAAUGACGCGAUCUCCAGACGUGACCCAGAGGACCCUGUUCCUGCUGGAGGAGGUGUCCAGGAAGAGAGGUCUCUUCGAGAAGGAGCAGCAGGAAGCGGCCCCCACCAGCCCUGGAGUUUCCAGACAGGAAUUCAGGAGCUUCGCAUCAGGAAUGUCGGACCGGAUCAACCGCUGGCUCAACAAGUCCAACCAAGCCGGGCCUUCACACAGUCCUACUGACUUGAGACAUGUGGACAUCACCAGUAAGAAGAGCCUGUUCGAGAACAGAGGGGAGGACUGUGUCUCAAAGGCCAGCCCUGGAAAAAUCUAUAAGUGAAAACAUGUCCAACAGGAUUAAGAAAAUGGCGGCAGCGAGAGGAGACAGCGAGAACUGGAAGAUUAAUGGAUGCCAUGACUGACUGAUUGCUUCUUCAGGCUUUAUAAGUUUUUGUUGUUGGUUUUUUGGUUUGUUUUUUUUUGGUCACUGCCACAGCACACAGGAGGAACAGAUGAGAGAAUCAGGAAAAAAAAAGUGAGCUGAGUUGUGGCUUUAAAAGACUGAAGGUGAGGAAUCUGCUUUUAAAAUUAGGAGGCUUGGAAGGAAGGAGUAAAAAGCAAAGUAUACAGAAGGGAAGUGAUAGAAAAGAGAAAGGGCAGUGACAUAUUUGUUUUAAAACUCUUCAACCAUUUGCCUUAACUUUGUGUAAUUUUUUUUUUCAAGCACUUUAAACAGGUGAAGGUCUUAAAGCUCGUGUUUAUUAAAUAACAGUAGUGGGAAUUCUGGAGUUUUAAUUGUACGUUUUUUGUCUAAUCUGUUUAUGGGCAAGAUGCUGACUGCCUAAGGAAUAAAAACGUUUUCCUACAUA